GGUGGGAGGCUUAUGACCUGGUCCCUUAGUGCCCCACGAAGAGUUAACAUGGCCUUGACCCAAAGUAACCUCCUGGGGUCUGCUGCCUCCUGGUGGCCGGAGCUCGGAGUUGGCACCUAUAGUCCAGCUCCCCCCCCCAUAGCGCAGCGAACUUCUUGCAGCAGUGCCUUCGCUCCUUGAACCCCGCCUCCACCCCGGGCUGCGAACUUCUCCCCAGCAGUGCCCCGAGCCCUCGCUCCCAGUCGGGGAAUUUCAGACUCUCGACUUCCCUGCAGCUGCCCGCGGGGGGAACCCAGGGACCCCGCUAUGCAAAUAGCCCCUCCCCGCCCGGGGAAGCCGGUGGGGGAGGCCCUCCUUGCAGAGCCCCACUUCCUCAAAACGAUCCGGGCUUAAUUUUCCUCGGACUCCUGGGUCCCUACAUUGGGGGGAGGGUCCUCAGGAGCCCCCUCCUCGACCUGUACUGGGGAGUGUCUAGGUCUUUGGAAACCACAGCUACCGCCCUGCAUCCGGCAAUGCACCUGGGCUGGGCUGGGCUGGGCUUGGUACCCGGGGAGAGGGGACAGAAACUACCCACAGGCCCUUGAGGCUCCCACCAGUUGCCCCACGCCAGGAUCCGCGGCCAGACUGCAGCGCUACCCCGGAAGAGGCAAGGGACCACAAAACCCAGCCUUACCCUCUCCCUAAACCGCCACAACACCAUGGGGGCGGUGCGGCCAGAAAGCCGCCUGGCAGCGGAAGCAGUGAUGCUUUGCCCGGGUUAAAGAUGGCAGCGGGAAGGUGUAAACAUCUUUGCGUGCCAGGAGACGCCGCUCUAGAUCGAGUUGUUGGUUUGGGCGGACUGCCGCGCGAAGCGGGGCAGCCAUGAGUGCGGAGCGGCCUGGGGUGGCUCCUUUGCUCGCCUGGCUACAGACCUACCGGGUGCCAGCGCCAUGUGCCACCUACCAGGACCUGGCCAGCGGCGUGGCCCUCGCCCAGGUCCUGCACCGCAUAGACGCCUCCUGGUUCUCACAGUCAUGGCUUGGCUGCAUCCGGGACAACACUGGCAACGACCCACGAGUCAAGGUGAGCAACCUGACCAAGGUGCUGCAGAGCAUGCUGGAGUACUGCCAGGAUGUGCUUGGACAGCCGGUUCCAGAGCGACAUGUGCCUGAGGUAGCAGUGGCGGCUGAGCAGGCAGCCGCCCCUGAGCUCGACAAGCUGCUGCGGCUGGUGCUGGGCUGUGCUGUGGCCUGCGAGAGGAAGCAAGAGCAUAUCCAGCAGAUCAUGACCCUGGAGGAGUCUGUGCAGCACGUGGUCAUGGCGGCUAUCCAGGAGCUUAUGACCAGGGACUCAUUAGACACCAUGAGUCCUGAGAUGUAUGGGACCUUUGAUAGCCAGUCCCGCAGGUACUAUUUCCUGAGUGAGGAACCUGAUGAGCCUGAUGUUCCCUGCAGGCGCUGCCAGGACCUGGAGCAGCAGAGAAAGGUGGAGAGAGCUGUGGCUAGGAGGAGCGCAGGGAGGCCCUGGCUGGCCUGCCCACCCCCUCCCCCCCUUUGCUCCCUGCUCCCCCAGCUCCCUGCUGCCACUAAUGCAGUGGGGGUGGGAGCUGAGAGUUCUGGGGGGCCAGGCUGUGUCAGUACAUCCAACCCCUCUUUUUUUCCCCCCCUCCCCACACAGGUGGCAGCACUGGCUGAGGCUGCACGGGGGCGGCAUGAGACUGAGGUGGGGGGUGCAGCCCGGAACCUGCUGCUGCUGCAGGCACGGGUGGAGCAGCUGCAGGAGGAAAACUACAGGCUGGAGAGCGGGCGUGAGGAGCUGCGGGGGCACUGUGAGGGGCUGCAGCGGGAACUUGGUGCUUUGCGGCAGCGCAGCCAGGAGCUUGGGGACCUGGCGAAAGAGGCCCAGGCCCUGCGGGACGAGAUGGAUAUGCUCAGGGACUCAUCAGAGCGUGCGGGCAGGCUGGAGGGGCUGCUGGGUUCAUACCGGCGCCGGCUGGAAGCGCUGGGGGAGCUGCGGCGUCAGGUGCGGCGUUUGGAGGAGCAAGAUGCAGCCCAUGCCCGCCGUGCUGCUGCCCUUGAGGACGAGCUGCGCCGCGCUGCCCCUGCCCGCGCCGAGCUUGACACUUGCCGCCGGCAGGUGCAAGAGCUGCAGGGACGGCAAGCGCAGGCAGCGUUGGAGGCUGAGAAAUGGCAAUUUGAGUGUGGUUCCCUGCGGGAGAAGCUGGAGGCGCUGCUGAAGGACAAGGAGCGUCUGGUGGAAGAGCGUGAUGCCCUGCGGGAGGCCAAUGAGGAGCUGCGCUGUGCCCAGGUCCAGCAGAGCUGCCUGAGCCAAGCAGAUGCCGUGCUAGACAGUGCCACCUCCCCCGCGGACAACCUGGCUGCUGAGAUCUUGCCAGCUGAACUCAGGGAGACACUGGUGCGGCUGCAGCAGGAGAACCGGGGCCUGUGCACACAGGAGGCAGCACUGCAGGGGCAGCUGGCUGAACUGCAGGCCCAACUGGACGAUAGUCGCCGUGUCCGGAGGCGCCUGGAUACCCAGCACAGGCUGAGCCAGCAGGAGGUGCUGGAGCUGCGGGGCCAGCUAGAAGAGCUGCAGCAGUCACUGCAGGAGCAGGGCAGCCGGGCUGAGGAUGCCAUUUCCUCUGUGCUGAAGGAGAAGCUGGAAGAGCAUCUGGAGAAGCUGAAUGAGGCCCAUGCGGAGCUGCAAAAGAAGCGGGAGCACCUGGAGGGCCUGGAGCCACGGGCAGACAGUGCCGCAGCCCAGCGCAUUGACGAGCUGCAGCAGAUCCUGCGGCAGAAAGAUGAAGACAUGCGGGCAAUGGAGGAGCGCUACCGGCGCUAUGUGGACAAGGCCAACUCGGUCAUUCGGAGGCUGGAUCCGGCACCAGGGGCUAUGGGGUCCCUUCUUGGGGUGCAGGCACUGCGCAAUCAGCUGCAGGAGAAGGAGGCCAAACUGCAGUACCUAGAAAUGGACCUGGCAAAGACACUGUCACAGCGGGAGCAGGAGGAGCGGCUCAUCAUCACCGCCUGGUACAACAUGGGCCUGGCACAGCAGCACUGUACCUCCUGGGACCGUUCUAGCCCCCCCGGUGCCCCCCAGUCCUUCCUGAGCCAGCAGCGCCAGGCGGCCACUGCCCGCCGUGGCCCCCCACGACUCCCCCGUGGCCCCCUACAUUGAAUCCUCCUGGCCUGUGUGGGAGGGGUGCUAGGGGAGGCAAGCGGGUGGGGCUUAGCUUUUGGCAUCCCUACUGCCCCCCCUUUCUCUGAUGGUGCCUUAGUCUCUUUAAUGGGGGGACAGGAAAGGCUUAACCUUGUAUGCCACCACCCAAGACCCUCUGGAGGGUGGGUCUCGGGAAGAAAGGGGCUAAGAGGGAGCCAGUUCCUUGCCUCCCACCCAGAGGAGGUGGGGGAGGUUCUUUCAGACCAGCCCAGAGUUCUGGGAUACUCUUUUUUAACUACUGCCUGUGCCCCUGCUGGGAUUGUCAUUGUUCCCCCUCCCCCAAAUAAUCCUGGCAGGGGCCAGAGGGCCCCCCCCCACCGUGUGUGUGUGUGUGUGUGUGUGUGUGUGUGUGUAGGGGGGGGUCCUGUCUGUGUGCAUUUUUUAACCCUUGGCAGCCCCCCCCCCCCCCCCCCCCCCCCCCCGGAUCUCUGGAUGUCCUGGUUCUGCCCUAGUUUUGUGUGGGGAAGGGGGCACUUAGCCAUGUCUGGACCCCUGAUGCCCCACCCUACUAAGCUCUGGGUCUUAGCUGCUGUUUUUAAAGCUGUUUUGUGCCCCCUCCCCCCUCCCCAUGGGGCCUGUACUACAAUAAAGACACUGGAUUUGA